CUUGUAUUCAUUUUGUAAAUUAUGAUUUUAACAAAAUUUUAUUAAAUUAGUCAUACUCCCCUAUACGUCACUGUGUCCGAUAGUGCUUAUCAAUCAAACAAGAAUAAAAUAAGCAACACUAUCGUAAAAAAUAAUGUCAAUCAUAACGAAAAACUUAACUAUUCAGACAAUAAGAUCGAUGAAACUAUGAGAUUCAAUCGAAAAUCAUUUGUUGAUCAUAGCAAACAAAUUUCAAAAAAAAAUGAGCAAAAAAAUUAUCUAGAAAAAAUUGAACUAAGUCAACCGAACAUGUUAGACAGCUCUUUUAAAACAGCUGAUUCUGAAGCAUUCGCAAAUUUAGUUUCACAACCAGCGCUAAGGAUGCAGUCUUCGCACAUAUUAGCUACUAAUAGUUAUUCCAACAAUGCCAUUAAUCACGCAAUUACUGUGAAUAAUGCUGCAGAAGGUACCACAACGGAUUGGUCAAUUGAUAUUUUCACUAGAAAAAAAGACCCAGAAACAGAAAUGAAGUACAAUUUGAUGUUUGAUAAGACCGGUAUGGUCCAUCGAUAUGAUAAGGAUGAAGAGAAAAAUAAAAAAGACAUGGAAAUUAAUAUGGCCCAGUAAUAGUUUUUUCUUGCAACAAGAAGGUCAAAAAUGAUGUUGACUAAGAUGGAAAUGUGGAAUCAUUCAUUAUUUUAUUUUUGUAAUUUUUUUGUCAUUUGCAUUUUUUAAGUUAAUUUUAUUAUUGCACUGAAAAUGAUUUUUGGUUGAAUAUUUAAAAUUGAGGAUUUUUCUAUAUCACUACAUGUUUUUUGAAAUUAUGACUUAACAUCCAAUAUUAAG